UGACCGCCUGCUUUCCGCGUGUAAAUUUCUUCAUCAUCGUCACUUUCCUCCAAGUCCAGUCAACACAUACAACCUUCAUCCCCAAUUCCUCUUCUUUUUCUCUAAAACCCCUUAAAUUCUCAUCUUCUUCCUUCUCCUUUAUACAUAAAAAGAAAUCUCUAGUUUUCGUUAGACCCAAAACAAACAGAAAAAAUGGGGUUCUCAAAAGAAGAGAAAACAAGGAGAAUUUUAAGAGGUUUCAAAACUGUGUUUUUCUUAAUAACAAUGGUGAUUUCAUUCCUUGUUUUUUCAGCUCCAGUUUUCUUCGUUAUUGCCGAUACCCUUUUACCUACCGCUUUGCUUUCAGCUUCAAUUCCACCUUCUUCUUCAUCUUUAUUGAAAACACUUUAUUCUCAUUUCAGUAACUAUGAUUUUAGAUACUCUCUCAUUGAUAUCCCACUGAUUUCCAUUAUCAGAUCCGCUGUUAUAAUCUGUGUUUAUAGCUUUUGUGAUGGGCCAAAGCUUUCGAGGGGACCUUAUUUGGGGAUUACAAUGAUUUGUUCUGUUUCUUCGUUGAUUUUCGUGUCGUUAAAAGCUUCGUUCGUGUUCAAUUCGAGUAAAGAAGGGUCGGCCAUGGAAGCUGCUUUGUUCAUUUGUUCAUUGGGCUUUGCUAUUGCUCAUAUGAUUGUGGCGUAUAGAACGAGUUGCAGAGAAAGAAGGAAACUCCUUGUUUACAAAAUUGAUAUUGAAGCUAUUUCAGCUUGCAAGAAUGGGUUUCCAAGGUAUCAAAAGAUUCUCCAAGAUGAAAGAGUGAAGUAAAUGCUUUACUAACAAUGGAAGCAUUUUUCCACUACAGCAGAAAGUCUUUUUCUCCCCUUUUUGGCUCAUCACUUGAUUCUUCCAAGCAAGGUUUUUCAGAUUUAUUCAUAAACAAAUGAGUUAGCUGGAAAUGAAUGAAGUUGAGAAGCUAGGGAAUAUCAGUAUAUAAAAUGGUGAAACACAUGUGUGUAUAUAUUUAUUUAUUUAGCUGGUGAUUGUGUAUCACUCGGUUGAGGCUAGAUCUUGAGGGUAGAUUCAACAUUCUUUCAUGAUUUUGAGUGUAUAGUUUGUAUUGCAUAUCAAAAUUAUUUUAAAGAAGGAAUAGGCCAAAGGCCUUUUCAACUUCUUCUUCUUUAUGAAAAUAUGCUCCAUUUGAUGAGAUAUAAUUUUCACUUAA